UAUAGCUGCUACAGAUGACGCGCUUGUUAGUUUUGAAGUUGAGCAAGAUACAUACUAGAGAGGGAAGACAUCCAACGCUGGGUCACGUUACAGCAGUCAGUCUCAGAUUGGCUGCGAGAAGCGGCUCAUCCCGUCGAUGUGGGGAAUGUCCAUCAGAGCGCCAAGAUUCGCGCACCAGAAAACUCUCACUCACUCGCACACUCUUCGCUUCGUCACCCACCAGCAGAAGACCUUCGCAGAACCAACUGUUGUAGGCAGCACCCGAAAUCUUUCACAAUGUCUACCUCUGAGCUCGCUGUUUCAUACGCCGCCCUCAUCCUCGCCGAUGAGGGUCUGGAGAUUACCGCCGACAAGCUCCAAUCUCUCAUCUCCGCCGCCAAAGUUCCUGACGUCGAGCCCAUCUGGACCACCCUCUUCGCCAAGGCCCUCGAGGGUAAGGAUGUCAAGGACCUCCUGACCAACGUUGGAUCCGGUGGUGGUGCCGCCCCAGCUGCUGCUGGUGGUGCCGCUCCUGCCGCAGGUGGUGACGCUGCUGCUGCCGAUGCUCCAGCUGAGAAGGCCAAGGAGGAGGAGAAGGAGGAGUCCGACGACGACAUGGGCUUCGGUCUCUUCGACUAAGCGGGUCGCUUCAGUCUCGCCGACGAAGAUUCGGGAAUGCAAUCAAUCUCGUUCAGCGAAAGGCACGCGAGUUGGUCUGGCGAGUGCAGGGCAGGGGACUUGGACAACAGCAGUGCCUUUACUGGUAUCUGUUGCUCAGACAUGCAAGGAUGCCAAGCGAUGGGAUAUAUUGUGCGGAGGAAAUGUUCACUCCAGUGCACGUCGUGUGCGUGUCACGUGGAUAUGAGUACCUAUACAAUUAUGCGCAAGCCCAAUCCUGCUGCAAGCCAGCACCCGUGCUUCUGCCUAUUUUCUUUGAAUGCUUUCAAGUUCGUCUUGUCGUUUUCUAUAUGACGAUCGUUGGUCAACUUCAGUCCAUUGAGACCCUUCUGGUCCAGUUGACGGAAGCAAUCUGCACUACAUGUAUUCUACGGCGGACAAGCAUAGGUAGGGAUGCAAUUUUGGAAACUUGAUCCUAGAUGCAUUUCGAUUGUCACGGUCAGCACGGAGAGAACAU